AUGGCCGCCGACGGCCAACGACUGGGCCGCUGGCCUCUUGUACCUCCUCUCCAGUGUCGGCUUGAGCUACUAUGGCUACACUGGCGUGAAGGCCCUGUUGGGACCUCACAGUCUG